UGGAAACGACGUGCGCUUUUCUUGCCACCACCUUAAGUGUAAAUGCCUUUCAGAGUUGAUUCGCAGUGCGCUCGCGAGUCCGGUUUGCUUCGGCGGCAUGUCCAAAUCAGAAUGAAUUUGAUACAGUUCUAAUCAAUUGGAAAAUGGGAAUACUGUUGACGCUGUCUGCGGAGUAAACCAUUACUCUCUCACAAGUUUACUCUUUCGGGUCACAGAAACGGACCCUAAAAUAAUGCCUUGUGAGUCAUAAAUUAAAAUAGACGUAACCCUUCGUUCUAAAACGGAUCCAGUGGGAGACAAUACUGAAGAAACAAGACAUUGGUCCCAGCGGAGAACACCGUGCGACGAAAGGAGAACUUAUUUAAAUUUCUUCUGGUUGUUCCACUGUGGUGUGUUUCCCUAGUCCCUGUCUGUCUCUUGACAAAAGGAGACGUUCAUGAAUCCAAUUCUGAUCCACAAGUGAGCUGAAGGUGUUGAAGUCUCUCUACUGCUAAUGAUGUCUUCCAAGCAAGCCACACCUCCGUUUCCCCCAGCGACGGAGGAAGAGGAAGCGAUGGGUCAGGACAAUGUGGGCUGGGCCAAUGAGGACAGAGAAAGCCAGGACCAGCCGGCCUCGCCCACUCUGCACAGCAAACCCCUCCCAGAGGAGCACCAGCCAAUCAGAGACAGCCAGCCUGAGUUGGCGUGGAAGAGUAUAGGCUCUACUCAGACGGACAAUGGUAGCAGCAAGGGCUGUUCCUUGUACUCCUACCGGAAUAACUCUACCUCUCCACCAAAGCCUGAGGAGUGUUCCCGCGAGCGGGGCGAGCAGCUAGGCGGAUCCAACUUCGGAACACUUGAGCGCCGCAAAGGAAGCCUGGCCGACGUGGUGGACACACUGAAACAAAAGAAACUGGUGGAGCUGACAAAGACAGAGCAGGACGAGUCGUCCUGUAUGGAGAGACUUCUGUCUAAGGACUGGAAAGACAGGAUGGACAGACUGAAUGCCAGCAAGCUCCUAGGAGAGGUCAAAGGUACCCCAGAGAGUUUGGAGGAGAAGGAGCGGCAGCUGUCCACCAUGAUCGGUCAGCUUAUCAGCCUGCGGGAGCAGCUACUGGCGGCCCACGACGAGCAGAAGAAGAUGGCUGCAUCACAGAUGGAGAAACAGAGGCAGCAAAUGGAGCUGGCCCGCCAGCAGCAGGACCAGUCGUUCUCUUAUUUUAUAAUGUCUUGUUUUUGUCUCGUUCUUUUCUCACUCUGUUCUGUCGGUCUUGUAUCCUUAGCUUGCUAUGUUCAAACUCAAAACUCAAACUUUAAAGAAUGUUUGCAUGGCAUUCGCUUUGUUCUGUGGUUUGUCUUUGUCUCCUCAACAUCUCACAUCUCCUUUUCUCAUUCGUGUCUCAUUCUCUUCUCACUCCUGCCCUCUCAGAUUGCGAGGCAACAGCAGCAGCUCAUGCAGCAGCAGCACAAGAUCAACGUUCUCCAGCAGCAGAUACAGGUGCAGGGUCACAUGCCUCCUCUGAUGAUCCCAGUGUUUCCUCACGACCAGCGAUCUCUGGCUGCUGCCGCCGCCGCUGCACAGCAGGGCUUCCUCUUCCCACACAACAUGUCCUACAAACCAGGUGAUAACUACCCCAUGCAGUUCAUUCCAUCCACAAUGGCAGCUGCAGCCGCGUCAGGACUGAGCCCGCUACAACUACAGCAGCUGUACGCCGCCCAGCUGGCCAGCAUGCAGAUCUCACCUGGAGCCAAAAUGGCCUCACUGCCACAGCCUCCCAACUCCUCAGACCCCCUAUCGCCCCCCGGCUUGAAGAGUGAGAAGAGAGUGUUGAGUCCUGUCACUCACAUUAAGGAGGAAGGGUCGACGCAGCCCCUGAACCUCUCAGCCCGAUCCAAGACUGGCGAGCCCCACCGCUCCCCGUCCUCGCCGUCACACACCCUGUUCCCCAGCAACAAGACCAGCCCCAUCACCAUGGGGAAGGGGCGCAUCCCCAGCCCCCUCUCCAACAUGGGCAGAGGCUCACUGGACAUCCUAUCCAGCCUGAACUCCACAGCGUUGUUUGGGGACCAGGACGCGGUAACGAAGGCCAUCCAGGAGGCGAGGAAGAUGAGGGAGCAGAUCCAGAGAGAACAGCUUCAUCACCAGCAGCAGCAAAGCCUGGAGGCCAAACUCACAGCCCUGAGCGGCAUGAGCCUCAGCAAUGGCAGCAAGGAGCGGAUGCACUUUGAGAGUUUGAGUCAGCACCUGGGCAACCUGGGAGAGGAUGGAAAGAUGGGUCACAGGGUCAUUGACCUCACCAGACCUGAGGAUCUUCAUGGUGGUGCCAGCACUACGGAAGCACGGGUCUUCAGGGAGGCCAGGGGCAGGAACAGUGCCGAGCCCCACAUCAAGAGGCCCAUGAAUGCCUUCAUGGUGUGGGCCAAGGACGAGAGGAGGAAGAUCCUGCAGACCUUCCCCGACAUGCAUAACUCCAACAUCAGCAAGAUCCUGGGCUCUCGCUGGAAGUCCAUGAGCAACCAGGAGAAACAGCCAUACUAUGAGGAACAGGCCCGUCUCAGUAAGAACCAUCUGGAAAAGUACCCCAACUACAAGUACAAGCCCCGGCCCAAGAGGACCUGCAUCAUCGACGGGAAGAAGCUGCGCAUCGGGGAGUACAAGCAGAUGAUGCGCUCGCGGCGUCAGGAGAUGAGGCAGUUCUUCAGUGUGGGGCCACAGCCUCAGAUCCCCAUCAGCAACAGCGCUGGCGGCCUCUACCCGGGUGCCAUCACCAUGGCGACAGCCACGCCUUCACCGCACCUGACAUCGGACUGCUCCAGUGCGUCGGCCAGCCCCGAGCCCGCAAUCCCUGUCAUCCAGAGCACGUUCGGCGUGGUCAAGCCCGAGCCGGUUGCCAUGGUGACCGGUGACCACCCGGUCAAUGGGGGGGACGAGAUAGACAUGUACGAAGACUUUGAGGACAAAUCGGACUACAGCAGCGACCACGAGACACGGGAGCCUGUCAUUGCCAACUGAACCUGCUCAGAAGAACUUCUGAACUUUUAGAAAAAAAAUUAAGCAGGACAAUAUGACAGAGACUGAGGUUUUGCUCACAACAACUUUUCAACAGUACAAGGGGGGCGGAACAGUUUGUCCGGGAUUUGAUGCACCACGGACUGAGCAUGCUCAGAUUUACUCUGGACAGGACGUGACAUACAUUCUCUGAUUGACUCUGGACAGGAUGUGACAUACACUGAGAAUUCUCUGAUUGCCUCUGGACAGGAUGUGACAUACACUGAGCAUGCUCUAAUUAACUCUAGACAGGACAUGACAUACACUGAGCAUUCUCUGAUUGAAUCUGGACAGGAUGUGACAUACACUGAGCAUUCGAAGAUCUCACCGACCGCCCAUGUUUCUCAAACUACCAUUUUGGACAAGAACACUUUUUCUGAACAAUCCCGUACCAAGUGAUUGGGCUGAGACAACCUCCAGACAGGUAGACAGUGAACAAGACAAUCCAACACAGACAAGAACUAGUAAGAGUUAGGGCAAUGAGAAGAGAAUGUUCGAACAAAGAGAUAACUGACACAUUUCUGCGUGUGUUUUUUUUAAAGGAGAGUCCAUGGACUUGACUGAGACAUCAGAAAUUGGUCCUCAACAGCUAUCGGUGUUAAAUGUUUAUUUUAAGUGUGAUUAAGUUUUUAUGAUGUUUCCUUUGAUUGUGGGUUUCUGGAUUUCCAUGGACAUUUUCCUGACAGGUUACUUACUGCCUGCAAAACCUUGGACUGUCAGGACUUUAAUAUUUGAAAGUGAAUAUAAAUCCUUAGCUCUCGUCUAACCUUAUUAUUAAUUAUGAGUACAGUACAUCUACACCUUUCUCCACAAAUGCUUACAAUAUGUUACAUUACUGUUUAUGAUGGGUUUUAUAUCCUUGCUCAGGUAUGCUGUGCCAGCUUGUGAAUGUGUUUUGAUUUCAUACGAGUGAGUGGUAUAAAUUUUCAGACUGACAAUGAAACAGAGGAGAAAAUACCUAUUAUUAUAAUUAUUAUUUUCUGAGAUAUUGUACAGUUUUUCUUCAAAUGUGCCAAACCUACAUUCACAUCACUCAGAAAUAUUCUAGUCUUAAUGCUGAUGCUGCAAAAAGUCUUAUACAAUCAGUUUUUAUUGCUGAGGUGUCCCUAUUAGGAGAAAGCUGCCGCUUUAGCUGACAUCUGCAUUGCGGUUGUUUUGGUGGUGUCGGAGGUGGAACUGCGUUAGCGCUGUCAAAUCCACAAGAAGGUCUUGGCAUUAUACCUAAAGCAGACAUUGGCCAUUGGCUACACGGAGUCGCAUUAAGAGGAAUCCCAUGCAGCUUUGUUUACAAGUUCGAACACUGGAAUGUGAGAUGUAAUUUACACCUCAAUUAGGCUGAUAGAAAUCCACAUUUUUUUCACUGAAUAAUUUUCAGUUUGAGCGCCAUUAUUUCUACAGUAUACAGCCUGCACUUUCUCGUUCUGAACUUCUAACGUGAGUGAGACGGGUGUGACUUCGUGACAAUGAUCGAGAGCAGCUGCUCACUGAUUUGACAGCUCCAACGCAGUUACACCUCCGACACCGCCAAAACAUCAGCUAUGCGGGUGUCGGCUCUCGCCGGUUAACACUUAACCUGAUUUGAAUCUAGCAUAAGUUUGUAUUGGCUGUUUAGAGAAAACUAAAAAACAAUGGGUUACAGUUUCUCCUGGCCCAUAGAAUACUUUCAGGGUGAGGAAUAAUCUAACAUCGAGUUGUACAAUCCUGAACUUCCCCUUUAAAUAAUCCAUAAUGCAAAGGGGCCAAAAAACGAUCAAAUUCGUUAUUUUGGUAAACUGUUACAGUACACUGACAUUCAGCUGGAGUGGCUUUUAGGUUUGAAAUCUCUUUUGUUUGAGUAUAGAGGUUGUGAAUAAAAUGUGUUAUAUAGACUCUGCAAAUCAAAUGUUGAUAAAGACACAGGACAUCAUAAUAGGCACAAUAAGUCUUAAAGUUGAACUCUUAUAGUUCUAUUUGUCACACAGGAAAAUGCAGAGGAGCGGUCCCGACACUCAUCUAUAUGGUAGGGCCACCAUAUAUAUAUAUAUAUUUUUUUUAAUGUAGGUUUUAUUUACUGUAAUUGUACCUAGAUACAGAAGAUCAGAUUUGUUUCUGUGAAUUGAUCAGUUUACAAUUAUGUAGCCAGAGAUGGUUUUCAAAAUACAAGCCAAUGUUUUGUUUUUGUAAAAUUGGUACAUUGGCCAAAAAAAAAAUAACAUCAAUAUUGGUCAAUAUUAGCUCUAGCAUUUCAAAAAUGUAGUGCAAGAAUAUUUUGAAACAGAUAUUUCAGGUAAAUUAAAAUAUACCCAUAAGUCCUAUUUUCAUAUGCCCAUCUCUACUUUGAAAAUAUGUAUACUUUUACAAUCUCUAUUUUAGGCGGGUUUAGGUUACUCUGUUUUCUGGUUGAUUUGUAUGUGAUUUGUAUUCGAAUUAUAUUUUUGCAGGUUAGUAGAAAAUUACAUUUUUGUUAUGACUGAAGUUUGAUUUAGCUUGAUUUACAGAAAAAAUGAGAGCUGUACUGUUCACCUCAUGCAAAGACAUUGUUUCAAGUUUUAUAAGCAUCACAGGCACUGGAUAUGAGUGGUAUUAUUUCAGUACUGUCUAAUGUGAAGUUGUCAUUAGAAAACAACAAUGACAAAAUUCUGACAAACAAAACAUCACCUGUUUGGACGCCAGAUUUGAGUACAUUUCCAGUUUAGUAACAUUUGUAUUAUUUAUGCAGAAAUAGUUGUUUUAGCUUCAGUGCUGCCUGAAGUGCUCUGACCUUUGACACAAAUUCAAAGGACAUUCAGACCACCGGUCAGUUUCAACCUACAGAAGCAGACGUCAUUUUUCUUGGCCCCACACAUUUUGUGUUAAGUAUUGUAUUUGAAAUUCAAUUGUGCAUUUUAACAUUUCCUUGUAUUUAUUAGCCGGUGUUGGCUCUAAAAGUGUCAGUACAACUUGGUGAGAAAGACAAUCAGAAAAAAAUAAAGACUGAGAUUUCCUUACAAA